AUGGCGAACACGUUUCGGGAGCUUCGAGAGGCCCAGCUCACAAAUCAGUACACUCGACUCUCAAAGACGGGCAGUGGACUGACGAGGCCCAGGAGAGGGAAGGGGGCCGAGGGCGUGGCCUCUCCAGGGGGCGUGGCCUCGGUGCGAUGGCCUCUCCGUACCACCUCCACCAUCACAGCAGGCCCCACCCCAGCCUCCACUUCAGGCCCAGCACAUGGGCAUGGGAGUGGGACCUGUGCUAGGGGGUCCCGGACUGGGGGCAGGGCCAGGUGGCCUCGGUCCACCGCUUCUGUCACCGGUCCAGCCCAUGGUGGUCCCUCGGAUUCAUGCCCCAGGCCCUCCGGGCCGAGCGACGGCAGUGGGGAACCAGGAGUCCCCUUGCAGCCUAAGGACUUCAACACGGCCAUCAUGUGUCGCAUGGGCCAGGAGAUUGUACAAGAGAUUGUGGCCAAAGCUAUUGAACUAUUCCCCCUCAAGGCACUGCAGCCGCCGACUGGGGUAGCGACCAGCAUGCAGGGCCAGGAGGAGCGCCGCAUCAAGCUGCAGGAGACACUGCGCAACGUCGGGCUGCUCUUCAGAAAGCUCCACCGGGUGCACGGCAUCUGCAGUGACCAGAGUGCAGCUGUGGCCAGCAGCCAGUACACGCCCAUUGAGCCUGACGUGACACUUCAGAGCCUGGUGCCCAUGAUGGACGACCCAAAGCCUAGCGAAGAGAAGAAGCCUUCAGAGGCAACACGUGCACUCCUUGAGGAGCGGGCACGUCUCACUGAGCAAGUGGUGCUCAAGAACCGUCAGCUCAAAGAGGUCAUAGACGCCCUUCGUAACAUCAUCUGGGAGAUCAACACCAUGCUGGCCAUGCGUAAAAGACAUCUCCAGUUUACACACAGGAUCUCAUCGCAAGCCAAGUGACUGAGGAUGUAAAUGCGAAUGGUUGUAGUUGUUUACUGCAGCAGUAGUGUAUAUGCAGAGCUUGCUGGCCAGCAAUAAUGAACGGUUGUGUUACAUCCGGAAGUAACUGCGAGUCAUCCUGAGUGCCUGUGCCUGUUCAGGCACGAAUGGCAGGUGAAAAUUGGUCAUGACAAAAGCAUAUGUCACGUGUUAUGAUGCAGAGUGUGUUUAAGCACACCAAGGCCACACUGACUGCAUCCAGAAAAGCUGCAAGUGGUGAGAUAAGGCCCAGAGAACAGGUUAUAAUUGGGCUGUUCAGGUCAUAGAGACACCAUAGAACUGAUUAUGUUCAGCAGUGCAAAGAGUGCCUAGCACACUGGAAGAGUGACAUGUAGAAUGUCAUAUAUUUUGAAGUGGCUGGGGCUGCACCCUACACAAGACACAGAGAAACUCUGUUUUCCUGGUGCUUCGAGCACUCGUCUUCGCGUAUGCUGCUGCUGCAGUUUAUGACCUUUGGAUACUUCUGUACAGAACUGCUACGAUUUUCUCUUCGGUAUUUUUUAUUGAAACCUAUUCUGUUUUACUUUGUCAGCAGCCAAACGUGAGCAUUUUAUUGGUGCGAAAGCAGAGAGCAAGACAAUUUUCUAGCAUUUGAAUUUCACUACGCGAGUUUUAUACUUCAGUAUAGAUUAAAUAGACUGAAGCUUCUAUAGGAGAUAUCGGAAAGAAGAGCACAUGAAAAUGACUGGUUCAUUUAUGAUAUUUUUGUGUGCUUGAAAGGCUGUAAGAACAGUCAUUGAUUGAGGGGUCCAUUACAUGGGAAUUCAAGUUGCACAAA